GGCUCUUCCUCCUCCUCCCCAUCCCCUGCCCCCUCAACCCCUUCGCCCAUGGCGCCGGCGGGGACCGACGACAGCAAUGGCCGCGACGGAGCCCCCGAAGGCGCCCUGAGCUGGAGCCCUCGGCGGCAGCAGGAGCUGCAGGAGGAGGUGGAGAAACUGCGGGAGGAAAACGAGACCCUCAAGAAUGAAAUAGAUGAGCUGAGGACUGAAAUGGAUGAGAUGAGAGAUAGCUUCUUUGAAGAAGAUGCCUGCCAGCUACAGGAAAUGCGCCAUGAAUUGGAGCGGGCCAACAAAAAUUGCAGGAUCCUUCAGUACCGUCUUCGAAAGGCAGAACGCAAAAGACUCCGCUAUGCACAGACUGGGGAGAUUGAUGGAGAACUCCUGCGUAGCUUGGAACAGGACUUGAAGGUUGCAAAAGAUGUUUCAGUAAGACUUCAUCAUGAGUUGGAAAAUGUGGAAGAAAAACGUACUGCCACAGAAGAUGAAAAUGAAAAGUUAAGACAGCAGCUAAUAGAAGUGGAGAUUGCUAAACAGGCUUUGCAAAAUGAAUUUGACAAAAUGAAAGAGCAGUCCUUGCGCCGAAGAGGAAGCAAAGAUUUGCAGAAGUCAGAAAAAAAGUCACAGCAGACACCCACUGAGGAGGACAGUGAAGAUCUGAAAUGCCAGUUGCAGUUUGUCAAAGAGGAGGCUGCCCUAAUGAGGAAAAAGCUGGCAAAAAUAGACAAGGAAAAAGAUCGAAUUGAACAUGACCUGCAAAAGUAUAGGUCAUUUUAUGGUGAUCUUGACAGUCCCUUACCAAAAGGAGAAGCUGGAGGCCCACCUACCACAAGAGAAUCAGAGCUCAAGCUUCGUUUGAGGCUUGUAGAGGAAGAAGCUAAUAUUCUGGGAAGAAAAAUAGUGGAACUGGAAGUAGAAAACAGAGGACUUAAAGCAGAACUUGAUGAUUUAAGAGGAGAUGAUUUCUCAGGAGCAGCCAACCCUCUAAUGGGGGAACAGAAUGAAUCUAUCUCAGAGUUGCGACAGCAUCUGCAGCUGGUUGAGGAUGAAACUGAACUUUUGAGGAGGAACUUAGCUGAUGUAGAAGAACAAAACAAACGCAUCACAGCAGAGCUGAACAAAUACAAAUACAAGAGUGGAGCUCAUGACAGUUCAAGACACCACGAUAGUGCCAAGACAGAAGCACUGCAAGAAGAACUCAAAGCUGCCCGCAUGCAGAUCAAUGAACUCAGUGGUAAGGUCAUGCAGCUACAGUAUGAGAACAAAGUCUUGAUGUCUAACAUGCAGCGCUAUGAUCUGGCCUCUCAUUUAGGGAUCCGAGGCAGUCCCAGAGACAGUGAUGCUGAAAGUGAUGCAGGGAAAAAAGAAAGUGAUGAUGACUCUCGUCCCCCACACCGCAAAAGAGAAGGGCCCAUUGGUGGGGAAAGUGACUCAGAGGAAGUCCACAACAUCCGUUGCUUGACUCCCACUAGAACCUUCUAUUCUCCACCAGCAGGUUGGCAGAAAAGCUUCACAGACCGGCAACAAAUGAAGGACAUCCGCUGUGAAGCAGAACGCCUGGGCAAGACAAUAGACCGUCUGAUUUCAGACACAAGCACCAUAAUAACAGAGGCAAGAAUUUAUGUGGCAAAUGGAGACAUGUUUGGACUUACGGAUGAGGAAGAUGAUGGCAGUAGGAUACGGGAACAUGAACUUCUGUAUCGGAUAAAUGCUCAGAUGAAGGCGUUUAGGAAAGAACUCCAGGCCUUUAUUGACAGACUCGAAGUUCCAAAAUCUUCGGAUGAUCGAAACACGGAUGAACCUUUGUCAGUGAGUCAGAUGUUCCAGCCUAUCAUUUUACUUAUUCUCAUCCUUGUAUUAUUUUCCUCCCUUUCUUACACAACAAUAUUUAAACUUGUCUUCCUUUUCACAUUGUUCUUUGUGCUGUAGACAUUUUUCAUCAUUUUGCCAUUCAUUGUAGUAUUAUUUUCAGUUUGUUUUAUUUUAUCCAUCCUCCCAAGAUAAGAUGUGCAAGCGCUGUAGUUUCUGUAGUAAUCCUGCUAUAAAAACACUGAAGACUGAUCACUUGAAGGAAAGGAAGUCAGUCCUUGAGAGAUCAGAAUGCAGAUCGUACAGGAAGCAAAAACCAAAAAUCUCUGAAUCGGAAUUGUGUGCACCAAAAAUAAUAGCUUUACUAGGAACGCACAAGAGUAAUAUGAAUGUCAGAGAAGAGGCCUGUUGUAACAAGGCACACAGCAGUGUUUGUUGUCUACAUUCCCGAACUCCAGAAUGAACUGAAUGGAGUUGUUGACUAGAUAAAGACAGUUUGCUCACUCAUGCAAAAAAGGAAAACAAGAAACAAGGAGAAAUCAUGUGUUUAUUAAAAGGAUGAACUUUGAGAAUUUCAAGGAAUCCAAGCAUUGAGAAGGUUUGAAAGCAACAAGGAAUUACGCACAGGAUGCCAAUGUUGUAUCUGUGCCACAGUGAAAUGAGGACGGUGAACCGGGUGCUUACCUUCCAGCUGGGCUGCCACAUUGCUGUCAUUGUUUGGAGAAGAACAGCAUUGAAUGAAUUCUUUUAUCUUCUAUUGAGGGAUCUCAAUGGGACUAAAUUCAAGAAUAGAUUCAGUGCUGUUAAAGCACUAUACGUCCUAUGGACUCUCUCUGCCAGGAUUGUGGCCAGUUCUUGACAGUUGUGUGUUGGUCAAUAACAACACCAUACUGCUGGAGAAACAAUUUUGAUUUUUAGAUUGUCCUUGCAGUCUUCAGUGUUUUUAUCAGUUAGUUGAGGAUGCCCCUCCCAUCAUAUCCAUAUGACCUUUUAUAGCUCAUUAAUUUUUUCUUUUGGUGACAUACAGUAUACUAAUACUCAUAUCCCCACACAGUUUUUAAAAAAAUAAGUUCAUGUAUAGUUCUGUAUAUUCUGAUGUCUCCCACAAACAGCAUGAAAAAAUGCUGUGUGCAUGAUCUUGUGAUUGUAGGUGCAUGUGUUGGAAUAGAAAGUAUAUCAGUCUGUAUUUAGAAGAGAGGAAACUCAACACUAGUAUUGACUCUGAAAUUAUUACAUAAGCCUACAGGCAUACAUACAUACAUACAUACAUGCGUAUAUACACAGAUGUUUCUGGCUUACUUUGAAAGCUGGAACACAUAUAGCUUAGGCUAUAGUUCUAUUUGGAUUUUCUUUUACAGGUUGCACAAGUCUAGUAUUUGAUAAACAAAAAUUGACUUAAGCAUUUUUGUAAUUAUGAUUAGGAGUGAAUAGGCAUUUACACAAUAUGUAUCAGUAUCAAAGAACUGAUUCCUCAUGCUUGCUUAAUGCUCCCCUAUUCCUUCUUUCUAAUGUUAGGUCAAAAUGAGCUGGGUAUAUUUUUCUGAAUUGAAUGAUUUUCUAUUUAUAGCUGCAUUCGUUUUUUCCAGUGCACAAACAUUCUUAAAAGUUAUCAGUUAUCUUACAAUCAACAUCUAUCAGAUUAGGAGGGGAAACAAGCACUUUAAUCAUGUUAGGAUAUGAAAUAAAGUCAACUAAAUGACAUAGAGGAAGAUGAGAAUCUAACAGGUAAAUGCUGUUUUUUCAUGACAACCUUGUGAUUCUUGGAGGAUUUCAUUCUGUCAUGGAGCGUUCUACCCUUUCUUCUAAGUCAUACACAGUUAAUAUUAAGGUUUGUCAGAUAUGGCUUAAACUAAACUGUGGAUAUGAUUUAGGGUUUGUUUGUUUUUUGUUCUGAUUGUUUGCUUUUGGUUUUAACUCAAGCUGCAGUUUUUGUUUGAAUCCAGUGAGUCAGUCUGUUACAGUAGACCUCCUUAUCUAUGGGAUCCACUGAUUUACUGAUUAUCUGCAGUUUUCAGUAUCCAUAGGGGGGACUUGGAACCUAUCCCCAGUGGAUAUGGGGGUCCUACUGUAUUUGCUUUUGAAGAGCAGAUGAAUAAGCAAUGUUGAGUGUACAACUCUCUCUUAACUAGCUUCUGGACCUCCAAUGGCCAAGGCCACUGCACACAUUCUGCACCCAUGGUUCUCAGCUGUGACAUGUAUUUGCACUCUGACACAAGCCUGAGUUAGAGUAAAUCAAUGUUGCAUCUAGAACUCAGAGAAAAGAUGUGGUACCAGAAAUAGCAUUAUAAGUAUUUGCCAUCAUCUGUUUCUGAGCAGUUGGCUCUUAGUAGGUUGUGUGUGCAGGCUGGUUUAUUUUCCUUCCAAACAGUCUGAAUGAAAUAUAGAUCAUACCAAGCUGCCUUGUUAAGUGUCACAAACCAUGCCUUCUUCCCUUUUCAUGAACCUCAUUCCUCUUAGACUUGCAGAGGAAAAGAUGUGAACAGCAGUUCACUUACAAGGAACAGAGAGGUAAUUCUCUUAAAUCAAUUUGUUUACAUUUCAUCUGCUAUUUAGAUUCAGAACAGCCUAGCAUGUUUACAGGCCUUUCAGGCAGUUUUCAAUGUGCUGCUAACGUACAUAUUUGCUUAAUAGGCCUUUCCUUGUGGUUGCAAAGAGGGAAUGAAGGAGAUCAGGCUUUUGUUGUUUUGUAUAAUAGCUGUAAUAUUCUUGGAGAAAUUGUUAUGUGAAUCAAGGCAGUGAACUGAUUACUUUUUCAUAGGAAGAAAAUAGAUCUGUGUAUAUGCUACACUAGAUAAAUUGCUAAAUGAAUCAAACUUCUGUACCACAGUAACCCAUAUUUUGUGUCAACAAAAACAACUACACUGUGAGUUGUAUUAUGCUAAUGCUACUUAAGCAAUUUUCCACAUUUUGAUUCUGCUUCUGCUGCUCAUGACUAAGGCUAGCAUCUGAAAUUGCAAGAUCUUUUACAGGAUCAUCCAGUUGGUUCUCUUGGUUUCCUUUGAUAACCUUCUCAUUUUUAUUGUGCAUUCUGAGAAUUUUAGUGUUUGAAAUACUUUCAUGACAUCCAAAAAUAGAAAAAGAAAAAGAAAGAAAAAGAAAAAAGGCGAACAGCACAACUCUGUACACAUUUAUUUAGAAGUGAGACAUACUGAGUACAAAGGGGCUUACUCCCAGCACAUUCCACUGCCUGCCCUCCAAGCUGGCCCAUCAGGCUAGACAGUGGUGGUGUCUAAUAUGAUGUAAGUUUUCUUCACAUGUUCUUAUCUUUUUAGUGAACUUUACAUAUUAUAUUAAGUUAAAAGUGCUUUAAAAUAAUUGUUGUGUGCAGUUCCAUGGAAUUGCUGUGGGUUCUUAUUUCUAUUUUUCCAUUAUAUCCAUGUUUGAAAUAGUCUAUUUGGCCACAAUGUCAGAAAAGGGAUAAGAGGAGCUAUUUUAUAUGUUCUCUAGUACAGUUUUUCUUAAGGUUGAAAAAAUGCACAAGUACUUGAAAAGGGCACAGAGAUGGGUAUUCUGAGUUUGAAUGGAAUACUUAUGUAAUAUUAAAUGUAUGCUUCUCAUUAAAGUAAUAAACAAAAGAAUGGGGGGCAUAGAGACACAAAAUGAAUUCCAAAAUCUUUAUCAGGGUGAUCGAUCUUUAUUAAACAAGCUAAAAUGGCACAAAAAACCUAUAGAAGGGUUUGAGAUCACUUUUGCUUCAAGAGUGUAAUGAUGCCUCACAAAAAAUUAGUAGUCUCAAAAGUUUGUUGUGACUUUCUGCCGUCUAACAAAGACAUCAGCCAGCGUGAAUUUUGGAAUUAACUUGCUUUGUGAACAGAUCAUGCCGAAACGCAAAAUGCUAGUUCUUGAAGUACCUUGAUAUAAUUCUUUUAAAUGACUUUAGACUAAUGUUCAGGUGCCACCUUUAUUCUUGAUAGAAGGGUGGUGUUAAUACUAAAGUGGCACAUGGAAAUUUUAUCACCAACCAAGUGAAGCACCACCAGGCAGGAAAAAAGGCAGGAAAAAAAAUCAUCUUCUGAAUUUUCUCCUGCUAUAUUUAAAAACACAGGAGCCCUGCUAAGAAAAACACUGGCAGUUUCAGGAAAGGUGAUGUAUUGUAGAUGUUCAGAUUUAUUUAGUUAGCUGUAUAGUUUUAUUUAUUUAUUUAUUUGUUUGUUUGUUUGUUUGUUUUCCACAUUUGGUGUAAGUCAGUCAUGUAUUUAACCUACCAGUUCAGCUUGUCAACGCCUGUUUAUUAAUUGAUUUAAACAAAUUAACUUGACCUGCUUUUGGUCUGUUUCAUUUUACCUAGCGAGCUAUAGCAAAUGAAUAAAAAUGGCAGGCGCCCACAAGUGUUUGUUAAUCUAAUUAAGAAAUAUAUUUGCGAAGGCUUUCACGGCCGGGAUCUAAUGGUUGUUCGGACUGAUGAGAGAAGGACAGAAAGGAUUUUGAUAACCCACAACAAGUGUUUAAAUGUUGUUGCCAUUACAGACAUAGUGGUAAAGGAAAAACUUCAGUCCACCGUGAAAGGCAAAACUCUUUUAUGCUGCAAUAAAUGUACUGUAUGAAAAUUUUCCACAGUGUGUAAAGGAAGAUUAUUCUCUAAUGUUGUCCAGGGUGGUUUCCUAUUUGUGUGUCUUACUGAAAAGUCCAAGGAAACAAAGGGCUCAUCUACAUGUGGCAGUUGGAGUGGGCUGGUGUUAUUAUGUGCCGUCAAGUAGCUCCAGACUCACAGUGACCCUAUGUAUGGGAAGUCUCCAAAAUGUCCUGACCUCAAUGGCCCUGCUCAACUCCUAUAAACUCAAGCCUCUGACUUCCUUUAGGGCGUCAAUUCAUCUUGUAUUUGGUCUUCUACUU